AUGGUCAACGAAAAAGGUUCGCCGCCGUUGUCGGAAGACCUAAAGGCUCCGAAGUAUACCGAAUUAUUUAAUGCCGUUACUGAGUUGCGCAAUAAACUCAGUCAGCUCGAAACUUCGCGUCCUACGAUGGAAACCGUGUCGGCACCAACCGUCGAUUACCGGAUACUUCCAGACGUAGGAACCGCGAUUUGGACAUUCACAGGCCAUGAGUCCAGCGCACAGGCUGAGGACUGGGUCAGCUCUGUGGACGGUUUAGCGCAGGUGAAUCAGUGGCCUUUGCGUCACCACCUGUUGUACGUCCGCUCACACCUCUCCAGUGCAGCACGUAGCUGGUACCUUAUGCAAGACUUCCUCGUGUGGGAAGACUUCCUCAAGGGUUUCCGAAAAGCUUUCGUACGUACUUUACGUAAGGCUGAUUUGUGGCGUGAACUGGAAGCCCGUAUCCAAGCACCGGGUGAACCGACGAUAGAUUAUUUUUAUGCAAAGGUUGGAUUGUGCCGAUCGUUGGACCUAACCUUUAAUGAAACACGCGAUUACGUAUUAGAAGGCCUCAGAUCCCAACAACAAUCCGACUGGGUGUUCGGUCGACGUCAGACCGACAUCGACGAAAUUUUGGGCGAUAUGCGCGAAUGGGAACGUAUGCGUACUCAACGUAACGAGAAGUUCGACUCUGCAAAUCCGUCAACUGCCAAACUACGUCAACCGAAAUCAAAGCCUCCUGCAGAGCCGACAAACUACAGGCCAGACAAAGACGUCGUCUCACUACCAAAAACGUCGACCGAUGCGGCAGUCGCAACGCGUACGCCGAGUUCAGAAAUGUCGUCGAGCCAAGCCACGUACUAUUGUUACAACUGCCGUGCCCAAGGACAUAUUUCGCGAGAUUGCCCGAAGCCGAAACGCCCGAUGAAGUGCACAAACUGCAAUUCGAACCGACAUACAGUUAAACGUUGCCCAACCGUUGCUACCGACAGUUCCGCCACCGCUCCCGCCGCAGACCAAGCGUAUCGUGCCGACGCGACAACCAUGAGUGGAACAUCGAAAAACCCCUUUAUCAAAACCGUAUAUGUUAAUGGCCGACCCGUUAAUGGGCUAAUUGACACGGGGAGUUCCGCGGUGUUGAUUCGAUCCUCGAUUGCGCGUGAGUGCGGACUGAUCGUACGGGACACCGUCUGCCCGCUCUUUACCGUGGGAAACGCUGACGCACCUAGUACUAUGACAAUCGGUGAAGGUGACGCCGACGUCACCAUCGAUAACCAAACCCCACAGCUAUCGUUAAUACUUGCUGUCACUGAUUAA